AUGGCCGGGUCUCCCAGCCGUGCCGCGGGCCGGCGACUGCAGCUUCCCCUGCUGUGCCUCUUCCUCCAGGGCGCCACUGCCGUUCUCUUUGCUGUCUUUGUCCGCUACAACCACAAAACCGACGCUGCCCUCUGGCACCGGGGCAACCACAGUAACGCGGACAAUGAAUUUUACUUUCGCUACCCAAGCUUCCAGGAUGUGCAUGCCAUGGUCUUCGUGGGCUUUGGCUUCCUCAUGGUCUUCCUGCAGCGUUACGGCUUCAGCAGCGUGGGCUUCACCUUCCUCCUGGCCGCCUUUGCCCUGCAGUGGUCCACACUGGUCCAGGGUUUUCUCCACUCCUUCCACAGUGGCCACAUCCAUGUUGGUGUGGAGAGCAUGAUCAACGCUGACUUUUGUGUGGGGGCCGUGCUCAUCUCCUCUGGUGCCCUCCUGGGCAAGACCGGGCCUGCACAGCUGCUGCUCAUGGCCCUGCUGGAAGUGGUGCUGUUUGGCAUCAAUGAGUUUGUGCUCCUUCAUCUCCUGGGGGUGAGAGAUGCCGGAGGCUCCAUGACUAUCCACACCUUUGGUGCCUACUUUGGGCUGGUCCUUUCGCGGGUUCUGUACAGGCCCCAGCUGGAGAAGAGCAAGCACCGCCAGGGCUCCGUCUACCAUUCAGACCUCUUCGCCAUGAUUGGGACCAUCUUCCUGUGGAUCUUCUGGCCUAGCUUCAACUCUGCACUCACAGCACUGGGGACUGGGCAGCAUCGGACGGCCCUCAACACAUACUACUCCCUGGCUGCCAGCACCCUCAGCACCUUUGCCUUGUCAGCCCUUGUGGGGGAAGACGGGAGGCUUGACAUGGUUCACAUCCAAAAUGCAGCGCUGGCCGGAGGGGUUGUGGUGGGGACCUCGAGUGAGAUGAUGCUGACACCCUUUGGGGCUCUGGCAGCUGGCUUCUUGGCUGGGACUGUCUCCACGCUGGGGUACAAGUUCUUUACGCCCAUCCUUGAAUCAAAAUUCAAAGUCCAAGACACAUCUGGAGUCCACAACCUCCAUGGGAUGCCAGGGGUCCUGGGGGCCCUCCUGGGGGUCCUUGUGGCUGGGCUUGCCACCCAUGAAGCUUAUGGAGAUGGCCUGGAGCGUGUGUUUCCACUCAUAGCUGAGAGCCAGCGCAGUGCCACGUCACAGGCCAUGUACCAGCUCUUCGGGCUGUUUGUCACACUGAUGUUUGCCUCUGUGGGUGGGGGCCUCGGAGGGCUCCUGCUGAAGCUACCCUUUCUGGACUCCCCCCUAGACUCCCAGUGCUACGAGGACCAAGUUCACUGGCAGGUGCCUGGCGAGCAUGAAGAUGAAGCCCAGAGACCUCUGAGGGUGGAGGAGGCAGACACUCAGGCCUAACCCACUGCUGGCUCCUGAGAGGACAUGCUCCUUUUCAAAGAUGUUGACUGGCUGCUACUGGGAAGUUCUUUUUGAGCCCCCAUUCCUCCGGCUGCAAGAAGGGAGCCAUGAGCCAGAAGGAGGCCCCUUUCCACAGGCAGCAUCUCCACAGGGAGAGGGGCAGCAGGAGGCUGGGAGAUGGUGGGGAGUGGGGCCAUAACUGGGUACGGUAGGGGAAACUCACCAGCUACCUGAACCGACUGCCCUACCAGCCUGCACUUGGGUAGAAGAGGCCAAAGUGAGGCACCCAAGUGAUCCACUGGCCCCAUGUCACACAGUUACAGUGAAGCCUGAGCCAGGCCUGGUUUGAGGGUGAUGAAUGCCACCAUCUCUAAGGUUCUGACUCCUUGUCUUUGUGCCCUGGGAACAUAAGAAGUUCCUCUUACCUUCUAACUGACAAUGGUAGAACCUCCUGGAGGUUCCUGGAGAGGCAGGACAGGGCUUUAGUGCUGACAAAUGCCUGAUUCCUGAUCUGUGGAAGUCCCUCUCCAGUGCCAUGUCCUACCAGGCCAGUGCCCCGCCUAGGCUUGCCUGUCUCCAGGCACAGGGAGUUCAUUCUCUCCCAGAAAACAGGAUUUUUUUUUUGUUAUAGGAUGUCUUAGGCUGUGGGAGAGAGUUCUUCCUGUUCCAGAACUGCUGUUACUCUGACUUUCAACUCGGGCAGCCUCUGAGCAGUGAAGGAAGAGGGUACCCACAGAGCCCAAAGGGCCACCAAUAAGCUAGAAGCAGCCAGCACCUAGUUGCCACUUAUGUCCCUGUCCUGAGACUGAGGAGUGGGGAAUAGCAAGGGUAUCAUUGUGUGGAUUAGGGCUGUGGCAGAGAAGGUUGAAGACACCACCCGAUGCCCACUCAAGGGCCUCUGUUGUCCUGAAGUCAUUUGACCACCAGAGGGCGCUCCAAAUCCAGAAGAGGAAGAUGCCGCCUUUAUGCCCCUCCUUGGUCCUCUAUGAAGAAUGAAACUCCUUCCUACAGCCUAACCCCCUUCCUGUCUGCUUCAUCUCUGGUCCUCAUGCAUUCAUGCCACGAGCCUUUUUUGAGUUCCUAUCCCCCCACUACAUGUCAGGCAGAUGCCAGG